CUCGCCCCUGAGCCAGUGACAGCAGCAGUGUAGUGACCGAGAGGGGUCCACACGGAGAGUCUAUCUACAAAUGGGCCAUAGUAACAACUAGCACCUCUUCUACUUAAAGCCAUCCGCACCUUGCAACCGCGUCUGGUGCCAACAGCAGCAUCAUCUUAAAGUUUUCCCUCACAUUUGUCUCACACCUAACACCUGUCUUCAUCUCAACAUUCAAAGGUUACCAUUUUCCAUCUUUGAGCGGUUUUCCACCUAAGGUCGGAGAAAAUGGCAGCAAUUCCAUCAAGUGGCUCCCUCAUCGCCACCCAUGAUUACUACAGAAGGCGCCUCGGGUCCACCUCCAGCAACAGCUCUUGUGGCAGUGCCGAGUACACAGGAGAGGUUAUUCCACACCACCCAGGACUUCCAAGGCAAGACUCGGGCCACUGGUGGACUUCAUUUUUCUUUUCAAAGCAGAACCAGCCUGGCAUGCAGAACGGAUCUGAAAAUCAAAAGAACAGAACCUACACAGUGGCCAAUGGCCAGGUGACCUGUAUCGCCAGGGAAAUGGUUUUGCAGAGACAAGUCAGCGAAAGCAGUGAAAAUGGGAAGUUUGAACCAUCAACCCCUCCACCAACUUCCUCCUAGACUCCAUUCCCUGCCAUCACCCCACCCGUUUAACCUCCCAUACCCACCCCACCCCUCACCCCCAACACCUCACUCACCCUCAACUUGCCAUCACACAGUCCAGCACUGGAGAUGGAGAUGAUGGCGGUGAUGAUGAAAGUGUUUGGUUUUUUUUUUUUUUUACCUUUAGUAAAACAGAGUUUGCGUUUCCUUUUUGCCUGUGUAUAGUAUGUUUUAUUAUGACCAAAAGUCAAAAAAAGCUCAAGUAUGUAAAAAGUUUUUUUCAUUUUAUUCUUCUUAUAACUUGUUAAUAAUGAUAAAUAAAAUGCUUGCAGUCA